GUCACAAGCAACUACGACCUGUUUGCUGCUACGGGCUGCUUCCUUGCACGCGGUAAGGCAUGGCACGCAUUUUGCUCCAUGGAACUCUGCAAGCGUCGAUCUUAGAAGCAGAUUCUUUGCUGAACACACGUGAAAACCAGAGCAGCCGAAAGUCUUUUCUGAAGACCUGCACUCUAACUCGAGUAAAGGGAACCCUUUUCAAAAGAUUGUCAUGGAUCAGGAGAGCUUCUUUCUGCCGUCCCAAGGAACUCGUCCAACAAAUAGAAAGUUCUGAUAAAUUCGGCCCUGUGAGCGUCUACGCCACCAUCGACCUGGAGAAGGCCAGGGUCGGUCGCACCAGAGUGAUAACCGCCGACUCCGUCUUCGCCUGGAACGAGGCAUUCCAUCUCUACUGCGCGCACCUCGCCGCCGACAUUAUUUUCACAGUCAAGACCGACAAAGCCAUUGGGGCGUCCGUGAUUGGCCGGGCUUACCUACCUGUGAAGGAAGUGAUGCAUGGAGCGCCGGUGGACCGGUGGCUGUUGAUCUACGACGAUGACCGAAAUCCGGUGAAACAAGGAGCCAAACUGCACGUGAGAGUGCGGUACGUGGCCGUCGACAGAGAUCCGGUGCAAAACUGGGGAAGGGGGAUCGCCAACCUGUACCACCCAGGUGUGCCGCGCACCUUCUUCCCGCAGCGGCAGGGCUGUCGGAUGACGCUCUACCAGGACGCCCAUGUCCUAGACGGCUUCCUUCCUCGGAACUACGAGCCUCAGCGGUGCUGGGAGGAUAUCUUCGACGCCAUCGCCGGCGCACGACACUUCAUUUACAUCGCUGGUUGGUCGGUCUUCACCGAGAUCACUCUGGUGCGCGACCCCCAGCGGCCCAAGCCCGGUGGAGACGCCACCCUCGGCGACCUUCUGAAGGGGAAGGCCCGAGAUGGCGUGCGGGUGCUGAUGCUUGUGUGGAACGACCGGACCUCGGUGGGGCUCGGCCGGCUGAGGAAGGACGGCGUGAUGGCCACCCACGACCUGGACACCGCGAGCUACUUCCGGGACACGGGCGUGCAAUGCGUCCUCUGUCCUCGGAAUCCCGACGACGCCGCGAGCUAUGUUCAGGACUUCCAGACUGCCACCAUGUUUACGCAUCACCAGAAGACCCUGGUGGUGGACGCCGACAGCGGGCGGGAUGGGAAGCGGACGAUCCGCAGUUUCGUCGGAGGAAUCGACCUCUGCGACGGCAGGUACGACACGCAGCAGCACUCUUUGUUCCGGACUCUUGCCACGGCGCACCGCCUGGACUUCCACCAGCCGAACUUCCCGGGCGCGUCCAGGUCCAAGGGCGGCCCGAGAGAGCCCUGGCACGACAUCCAUUGUAGGCUCGAAGGCCCCGUGACCGUUGAUGUCUUGCACAACUUCGAGCAGAGAUGGAGAAAGCAGGGCGGGGCAGAGCAUCUGCUACUGCCGGACGUCGAACGCUUGGCGCCCGUUCGUGCUGUGGUCGACGACAAAGCUUGGAGCGUGCAACUUUUUCGCUCCAUCGACAGCAGCUCGGUCGACGGAUUCCCUUACACGCCAGUGGAAGCCGCCGCAGCAGGGCUCAUCACUGGCAAGGACCAUGUCAUAGAGCGUAGUAUCCAGGACGCAUACAUUCAUGCGAUUCGGCGAGCCAAAGACUUCAUCUACAUCGAGAACCAGUAUUUCCUCGGAAGCUCAUACGACUGGAGCGCCGCCGAUGGCAUCAAGGUCGAGGACAUCGGUGCGUUGCAUCUCAUCCCCAAGGAGAUCUCUCUCAAAGUGGUAAGCAUGAUCGAGGCUGGAAGACCGUUCGCGGCCUAUGUGGUGAUUCCGAUGUGGCCGGAAGGCGUCCCCGAGAGCGAGUCCGUGCAGGCUAUCUUGGAUUGGCAGCGACGGACGAUGGAGAUGAUGUACAAGGACAUCUCGCAGGCUCUCAGAGCCAAGGGUCUUGGAGCGAAUCCUGAUGAUCAUUUGGCCUUCUUCUGCUUGGGCAAUCGAGAAGUGAGGAGAAGGGAUGAGUACAUGCCGCCGGAGCAACCGGAGCCGAACUCUGAUUACAGCAGAGCACAGCAAGCAAGGCGAUUCAUGAUCUAUGUCCAUGCCAAGAUGAUGAUAGUCGAUGACGAGUACAUCAUCGUCGGAUCCGCUAACAUCAACCAGAGAUCAAUGGACGGGGCCAGAGACUCGGAGAUCGCGGUUGGCGCAUUCCAACCUGAACAUCUCGCAAAUGAGUGGCGCCCGGCCAUGGGGCAAGUCUACAGCUUUCGUAGGGCACUGUGGCACGAGCACCUGGGAGUGCAAUCUUUGCAGGAUGAUGUCUUCCAACGUCCUGGGAGCGUGGAGUGCGUGAGGAAGCUGAACACGGUCGCCAAACGAAACUGGGAUUUGUACGCGAGCGAGGAGCUAUCCGACGACCUCCCGGGCCAUCUUCUCAGAUACCCCGUCGGCGUCACCAGCUUCGGGAAGGUCACGGAGUUGCCGGGGUUGAAGUUCUUCCCGGAUACCAGAGCUCCUAUUCUCGGGAGAAGGUCGGAUUACCUUCCUUCCAUUCUCACCACUUGACAACUUCUAUGCAUCCGUGUCUGAUAGAAGUAGUCUAAUUUGAUUUAAUUUAAACAUGAACUGAUAGAUUAGCAAUGAUGGAUUAAGAAAACUUAGGAGAGAAAACUGGAGAAAAAACAACGUUAGAUGUGAA